CGAUGCUGAAGAUGCUCUCUUUUAAGCUGCUGCUGUUAGCCGUGGCUCUGGGCUUCUUUGAAGGAGAUGCUAAGUUUGGGGAAAGAAGCGAAGGGAGCGGAGCGAGGAGGAGAAGGUGCCUGAAUGGGAACCCUCCGAAGCGCCUGAAAAGGAGAGAUAGGCGGAUGAUGUCCCAGCUGGAGCUGCUGAGUGGGGGAGAGAUGCUGUGCGGUGGCUUCUACCCUCGGCUGUCCUGCUGCCUGCGGAGUGACAGCCCCGGGCUGGGGCGCCUGGAUAGCAAGAUGUUUUCUGUUACCAACAACACAGAAUGCGGGAAGUUACUGGAGGAAAUCAAAUGUGCACUUUGCUCUCCACAUUCUCAGAGCCUGUUCUACUCACCUGAGACAGAAUCCUUGGAAAGAGACCUGGCACUUCCCCUGUUCUGCAAAGACUAUUGCAAAGAAUUCUUUUAUACUUGCCGAGGCCAUGUUCCAGGUUUCCUUCAAACUACCGCUGAUGAGUUUUGCUUUUACUAUGCAAGAAAAGAUGGUGGCUUGUGCUUUCCAGAUUUUCCAAGAAAACAAAUCAGAGGACCAGCAUCUAACUACUUGGACCGGAUGGAAGAAUACGACGAAGUGGAAGAGAUCAGCAGAAAGCACAAACACAACUGCUUCUGUAUUCAGGAGGUUGUGAGCGGGCUGCGCCAGCCCAUCAGCGCCCUGCAUAGUGGGGAUGGCUCACACCGUCUCUUCAUUCUGGAAAAAGAAGGUUACGUGAAGAUACUUACACCUGACGGAGAAAUUUUCAAGGAGCCUUAUUUGGACAUUCACAAACUUGUUCAAAGUGGAAUAAAGGGAGGAGAUGAAAGAGGACUGCUAAGCCUUGCAUUCCAUCCCAAUUACAAGAAAAAUGGAAAGCUCUAUGUGUCUUAUACCACCAACCAAGAACGGUGGGCUAUGGGGCCUCAUGACCAUAUUCUCAGAGUUGUGGAAUACACAGUAUCCAGAAAAAAUCCCCAUCAAGUUGACCUGAGAACAGCCAGAGUAUUUCUUGAAGUUGCAGAACUCCACAGAAAGCAUCUGGGAGGACAGCUGCUCUUCGGUCCUGACAGCUUUCUGUACGUCAUCCUUGGCGAUGGGAUGAUCACUCUGGAUGAUAUGGAAGAAAUGGAUGGGUUAAGCGACUUCACAGGUUCCGUGCUCCGUCUGGACGUGGAUACUGCCAUGUGCCACGUGCCUUAUUCCAUACCCAGGAGCAACCCGCACUUCAACAGCACCAACCAGCCCCCGGAAGUGUUUGCCCACGGCCUCCACGAUCCAGGCAGAUGUGCUGUGGAUCGACACCCCACUGACAUCAACAUCAAUUUAACAAUACUUUGCUCAGACUCCAAUGGAAAGAACAGAUCAUCAGCCAGAAUCCUACAGAUAAUUAAGGGAAAAGAUUAUGAAAGUGAGCCAUCACUUCUAGAAUUCAAGCCAUUCAGUAAUGGUCCUUUGGUUGGUGGAUUUGUGUACCGAGGCUGCCAGUCGGAAAGACUUUAUGGAAGCUACGUGUUUGGAGAUCGUAAUGGGAAUUUCUUAACCCUCCAGCAAAGUCCUGUGACCAAGCAAUGGCAAGAAAAACCACUCUGUCUUGGCAACGGUGGUUCCUGUAGAGGUUACUUUUCAGGUCACAUUUUGGGAUUUGGAGAAGACGAAUUAGGUGAAGUUUACAUUCUAUCAAGUAGUAAAAGUAUGACCCAGACUCACAAUGGAAAACUCUACAAAAUUGUAGAUCCCAAAAGACCUCUGAUGCCUGAGGAAUGCAGGGCCACGGUCCAGCCUGCCCAGACCCUGACCUCUGAGUGCUCUCGGCUCUGUCGGAACGGCUACUGCGCGCCCACAGGAAAGUGCUGCUGCAGUCCAGGAUGGGAAGGGGACUGGUGCCGAGUCGCGAAAUGUGAGCCAGCGUGUCGCCACGGCGGUGUCUGUGUUAGACCCAACAAGUGCCUCUGUAAAAAAGGAUAUCUUGGCCCUCAGUGCGAACAAGUGGACAGAAACCUCCGCAGAGUGACCAGGGCAGACAUCACCUAGAUGAAACACCUUUACCCUGUCCUGUAAAAUACUAAAGUUACAUUUUUCACCAACUUAAUUGGAAAGAAGGGGAGUGAGAAAGCAAACAGUCUUUAAUGUGCUGAGGAUCUAAUCUAGCAAUGUAUCCUUGUGCCAACAUGUAAUCAUUACCGACGGAGGAAAAAGCAAGAAAACAGCCACUCCUUAUAAAAUUCCAGCAUUAAACAUUUGUAAAGUGUUUUUCACCGUAGCAAGACUGUCAGAGUAUACGUGCUGAGAAUGUUGCAGGUUUCGCACUGAAUCGCCUCACUGGAAGAGUUCACUCGUUUUUGACAAAUCUUGCCUGUGUAAGCUGUCACUUGUACAAAUUUUUAAUAUGAUCAUUCUUGCCAAAUACGACUUUUAAUGUAUACGUUCCUUCGGAACUCAGUGAAAAUCCUCUCUGGUUCAUUUAUGAAUAAAUUUCCUGCAAAUGUUCUGUUCGGGUUUUUCAAGAAAUGCCACGUUCUAACAACUUAAACUGCAAAAAGUCUGGUACACGUUUUUCUUCAUGGUUUUUGAGGCCAUCCUGCCACGUUUGGAUUAUAACAAAAUUAUCAGGCCUCUUUGCCCCACUGAAAAAACAUCGACUCAUCACAUGUGGGCACCUACUGUAGGUUGCCCUUCUCUAAACAUCUGUUCCUCCAGAAUCUAAAUUGUAGAGUAGGACAGAUUAUACAGCACAGACUGACUUCCCAAACCUGCUCCUUACCAUUACGAAAAGGAGCCUUAAUUUCAAAAAUAAACAAAGUCUUGUAACGAAUAUUUGUCUAUUGUUUUAAAGCGAGAGAUUUGCAAAUAAAGCACAGUGAGAAACCACAACAUAGAAAGGUUGGUUAAGUACUCUGCUCUUGUCUUCCAUAUAUGAUUACUUAAGUUUCAAGUGACCUCAUACCCAAUGGAAAUGGGUUGACAAAUCUUGGUGCAGUGCUUAGUGAACAAUAGCCUGCAUUAAAAAGUGCAUGCAUAAUUUUGCACAAUUUAGAUUUCAACUGACAGUCUAUUCAAAGAAGUCUCAGGAUUAAAUGAGCAUGGAGACCAAAUUGCCCUCUUACCCCAGAAAAGGGGGGGUCCCUUCUAGUCACACGAACACUUCACUGGCCCAACAGUGUGACAAAUCUUGCAGUGAACCCUGUACUAGCCCACAUCUGUAGGUUAAUAGCAGUCUUUUGUCCUCUUUGCUUUCUCUUCAUAGCCCUUUUACGGAAUUCCAUCACAGAAAGUUUUACAAUUAAAAAAAAAAAAAUGUCCUGACAACCAUUUUUGUAAAUGGACCUUAACCAUCUCGUCUCUUAUUCAACGUGGGUGACAUUCACAAAAUGUGAACUUCUUGUGAGGGAGCCAGCUGUCUAAAUCUGUCAAAUUGUGCAGUUUUAUUACACAUUCUCCUGUACAUAGUUUCACUGAACACAAUAAGGAUACUGCUAUAUAUUCAGCCAAAUCUGAAAACGCCCAGCAUUUCUUCUUACAUCUUUAAUCUUUCCAUCUUUCUUUCCAAAAGGAAUGGUGUUCUAUCGCCAUUUGUUCUCCUAUUUAAAAACAUCUAGGUUAAAUUGAUCAGACCUAGCUUUUUUUAUACAGCCCUUUCACAAGUGAAAGAGUUUCAGAUGACUUAGAAAAACAUAUGUACCCCAGGUAUCAUUGCCUUUUCUAUUGUGAGUCAUUAGAAUAACAGAUCAGAAUCUUUUAAAAAGAAAAUCUCAAGAUCCAGGGAUAUUAAACCCCAGCAAAGACAGUCAUCGGAGUCAUUUCUCUCUGUUCUUAGGAGAGAAGUAAAUAGCAAUGGCUAAUUAAUAGCUACCUUUUUAAAACUCAGGGGUCAUUUCAAAAAAUCUUUUGACCUUUCCUUUCAAGUAGAUUUUUAAAAUAUGUGACUGGAAAAUGAUCUUAAAUAAUUCAUGAUGAGAGGCAAGUGAGAAUUGGUUAAAAAGUAUGAGCUAGGGAAAAAUGAUUGUUUCAUCACACGAAUGGUAACAUCUACUCGGUUCAAAAAGCACAUAAUCAAAAUGGAAGAAAAUGUCUUUGGUAUGGAUACAAAUGUGUGAGAUAAAGGUAAAUAAAGAAACAAAAAUGUAGAUUAUUAUCCCUUUUUCCAUUCUAGAGCUUAAGCUUUGGGUAUCAAUUUAAUGUGAAAUGCUGUUACGGUAGUUAUAAAGAGUUGGGGAAAAAACUUUCUGUCACUGCCUCUACCAAACUCUUGUUCUGGUUAAUAGAACUUCGUUUUCUUGCUAGUUAUUUAAGGUAAUGAGAAGAUAACUGAAUUGGCACAUCAUUAAAGUGGAAAGAAGGAAAGAUUUAAGAAACUUGAGUGAUGAUAAAAAGUGCUUCCAUUCAUACCUUUCUUCUUGGAAUUUCCUUUCAAUGUGGCUAUUGUAAAAUAUAUCUUUUGUUUUAUCACAAAGAACACUCAGAAGUUCUCUCAGGUUAACAGACUAUCUCAUAAAGAAAGAGCCAAGAAACUUACCUACACAUGCAACAUAUACAUACAACCUAAAUAGAAAACCAUUCUCUUUUUCAUUUACAUACUUCAGAGCAGUCACUUCUUCUCUAUUUAUUUCUUUGAAAAUAAUUACAUGAUAAUGUACUAAAAAUUUUUAACAUUUUUGUGAUGUUGUUUAUAUCUCCAAAUCAUAAACUAUACAAGAAGCCUACUAGGUUUAGGACUUAAGGUUAGAUGCUACAUCUAGGGACUUUUAAAGAACACAUUAAUUUAAACUUUUAUUAGUCUAACGUUUUUAGCUUGGAAACAUAAAAGAGAAACCAAACCUAAAUUUUUAAGAGGAAACGAAGGUAUAUCAUAGGCAUUUGUAGUUGGCUGAUCAAUAAAUUAGAGUUUCUGGGUGUCUCUAUAGAACGUUAUUAUCUGAGAUAUCUAUCUUUCUUUUUCUCUGUUUCUCUGUCUUUUUGCCUCCCCACCCCCACGUAUCCCUCUUCCUCUUAACUUCUCUCUUCUCUAUUUCUAUUGGUUCUGACUAAACAGACAUGUCUUCAGUACGCCCAUAAUAAAGAUACCCUGGGGCAGGUUGCUAUUGAUUUUGCUGGUUAUGAUCUUUUCUUUAUUUUCCUGAAAACACCUUCUCCUAGUACCACAUUUGCUCAGAUGCUAUAUCAUAAAGAACAGUAGACAAAUAUGAACAUACUAGACUGACCUAUUACAAUCGUUGAAAGAAGUAACAAAAAGCGUAAAUGACUCCCAGCCUGGAUGUCCCAGCUCAGCUGGGGUUCCAUCUUGGAUGCGGAAAAGAAUAUCCACAGUCAAGAGCACAAGUUAACGGUAGGGAAAGUUAGUAGCUAUUUCCUAUUCAAGCAACCUCAGUGGAGUCUAUUUUAAAUAAGAUUAUCCAAAAUUGAUGAGGAAAAAAAUAAGUAGUUCCUCAAUGGAGACUUCAGAAUCUUCUUUCCCCACCCUUAAGACUUGAACUUGAAGAGAACUCAGACCAAAGUUCCAUGCCCAGAAAAUGUACCUAUUUCUUUAUUACCCACAGGAAGUUAGUGGGCCUGUUACUGUGAUUACUGGCAAUACAUUUAGAAAGUUCUUCAUUAGAAUAUCCUAAAGAAAUAGAUGUUUGCUCUCUUACUUUCUUUCUCAUCAUCACACCAACACAAAUCAGUCAUACCUCUAAUAAUUAAUAGGAUGACAAGGUGGGAAACAUAAGAAUAGAAGCAUUUUGAUAUUAAAAAUGUUAAAAACAAAACCAUAAAACCUGCCAAACACGAAUCCUAGCCAACUUCAACACUUCUUUCUCUUAAAUAGCUACUCAUAUAUAAGUUUUGAAAGUUGUCUUAAAAUAACUAUUUCAGGGAGCAUGAGGUACUCAUGAGUGUGUAAGAGGGUGUUGUGUU